UUCUUUCCCCCUCCCAGUCGCAACAUAAAAAAGCUUGUAUCUGCUUUGAUCUCCCCGAUGCAUUCUUACUGUGGUAUACUUUUCUUCCAGUUCAAAAAAUCUACUUAUCAUACAUUUCAUUUCGAGAAGGCUGUUUGCUUAAAACUGUCUCUCCCGUUCUUAGUGCGUGUGUGUGUGUGUGUAAGUGCUGGGGGUGCUAAGUAGCUAAAAAGUUUAGGGUUAGGUACGUCUGUAAGUCAGUGGCCAAUCAUAAGUCUCAGCGGAUUUGCUGCCUCCAUCCAGGGGCAGCGGCAGGAACUACAAACCUCUACAAAUAGUUUUCCCUUCUCAGACCCACAACAGUCGAGUAAGCUGUAAGAGGAGGUGUCCAGGGGAUGAGCAAACACCAGGAUACACUUGUAGCUCAGAGCCACUCAGUGUGUAUAGUGAGGGUAAAAAGGGCAACUUGGGAACAGUCUACCAACGGAUUAUUGUGUGCGUCUGUGCUUCAUCAUCAUCAUCACUUGUUGAACUUACCCUUUUUCUCUAUUAACGGAACUUUAAAACACAGCAUGGCGGAGAGGAACCACACUCCUAAGAGCCCUUUGACGGCGCUACGAUCUUCUGUCACAAACUGGGGCAGCUAAGGGUCCCUAUCAGGUUUCAAACUGACAGAGACCGAGAAGUGCAAGUCCUGUACUCCACCCACCUCCCUUCACCUGUAGACCCCAACACCAUCCUCCCUUACCCACCCCACACCCACCAGCGAGCCUGGCACCACUUGCUAACUAUGAUGGUGAUUAUUUGGAAUCUAUUUCUGCAGACAUUUCUCCUAACCCUGGUUCGAGCAGCCCCGAAGAGCCGCUCAAGAGACUCGGUCAACUGCGAACUCAACAAGAAACAAAAUGAGUUAAAUUCUUUCCUGUGGACAAUAAAACGAGACCCUCCUUCAUAUUUUUUUGGCACCAUCCACGUCCCUUAUACCCGUGUCUGGGACUUCAUCCCUGAGAACUCUAAGAAGGCGUUUCAAGAAAGUAGUAUUGUGUACUUUGAACUGGAUCUUACCGAUCCCCAUACCAUCUCAGCCCUGACCAGUUGCCAGCUGUUGCCGCAGGGUGAGAAUCUUCAGGAUGUCCUGCCAAGGGAUAUUUAUCGGCGGUUGAAACGUCAUUUGGAGUAUGUCAAACUCAUGAUGCCAUCCUGGAUGACCCCUGACCAGAGAGGGAAGGGUCUUUAUGCAGACUAUCUCUUCAAUGCUAUAGCAGGUAACUGGGAGAGGAAGCGACCUGUAUGGGUGAUGCUGAUGGUGAACUCUCUCACAGAAGCAGAUAUAAAGUCUCGUGGAGUACCUGUGUUGGAUCUGUACCUUGCACAAGAGGCAGAGAGAAUGAAAAAGAGAACUGGAGCAGUGGAAAAAGUAGAAGAGCAGUGUCACCCCCUGAAUGGCCUUAACUUCUCUCAGGUGAUUUUUGCUCUGAAUCAGACUCUACUGCAGCAGGAAAGUCUUCGUGCAGGAAGCCUCCAGGUCCCUUAUACAACAGAAGACCUGAUCAAACAUUACAAUUGUGGGGACCUAAAUUCCAUCAUCUUUAAUCAUGAUACUUCACAGGUUCCAAACUUCAUUAACACCACUCUGCCACCUAAGGAACGCAUCACUGCACAGGAAAUAGACAGCUACUUUCGGCAAGAACUCAUCUACAAACGAAAUGAAAGAAUGGGAAAACGAGUGAAGGCUCUGCUGGAAGCGCAUCCUGACAAAAGCUUUUUCUUUGCCUUUGGAGCUGGUCACUUCUUGGGUAAUAACACAGUGAUUGAAGUACUGAAGAGAGAAGGGUAUGAUGUACAGCACACCCCAGCAGGACAGCCUCUUAGCAGUGGAAGAAACCAGAAAACAUUGUCAUCAUCAUCAUCAUCAUCUACAGUCUAUACAUCUUAUUCAGCUCUACAGGAGUUUGAUUCUCCUGCAGUCCCUCACGUGGAUGAGGCUGAAGAAGAAGAAGAUGAAGAGCUUGUACCACACCUCCUCCUUCCUGAGAACAUUGACCUUUUAGAAAAAGCUGAAAGAAAGUACAAAAAGAAGAAGAAAAAGCAACCAAAGAAGCAGAGGCUGCGUCAGUUUAAUGACUUAUGGGUGCGGAUUGAUGAAAGCACCACUGAUCCCCCACCCAGGAUUCGUAUCAUAAAUGGAUACAUAACAGUGGAACCUCUACCUCGGGAACAUGGACAUUUCCAUUAUAUCCUGACAGACAUUGCUACCAUGAAAUCCCUUUCUAUCCUGCCUUUGCUGUUAACUUUGACAAUUCAAGCAGUGAUGUGUUUCCUAUAAGGAAUGGAUGGAAAAAGGCUUAACCACCGAAGCACUGUAAAAUGUUCUGAAAUUCACCAUUCUGAAACAGAAAAUAAGGGCUGCUAAUGAGAGAUGAUCUAGGUUUCCCUGAUUAAUCUUGGGGAGGGGAACCCUCAUAUGUUUCCUUCUCUGAGUCUAUCUUGCAGGCAAAGGACCUCAUACUUUUCCUGUUUCACAACAACAAUGCUGUCAGAUGAGAACUGUCCAUCCAGGAAGAGAUUUUCUGCUUAUAUUUUAAAUCCAUUACCUUAUUCUUCUCUUGCAGGAGAAACAUUUUUAUCCCACAAUGAUUUGGGAGCUGUAUAUUAAUUAAUAUUGUAACAUAGUUGUAAUUUAGACAUAUAAAUGACUAAAAUGAAAAAGUUGCUUAAUUAUGUUUUUUUUCUUUAGCGGGCACUAAAUACCACUGAAUUAAAAUUAUUUUGAAGAAUGCUUAUUAAUAUUAAAACUGUUAACAGUGUUAUCUGCCAAUCUUGUAUUUUUAUGACUAUGUGACUGACAGUUUGCCAAAAUUUCAAGUCAAAACAUUAUUUUCUUGGGGGGAGGGGAGGGUAAUUUAUCUAGCUUUAUAAAUGGGGGCAGGUUUGUCUAAUCUGUUUAAAGCAAGCAUGAUGAAAAAAAUACCCAAUAGGCAAAGUGUCUGCAUCCUGGACUGUACUGGUUUACUUUGACAUGUACUGGGAUCUUAUGGAACAUAGUGAAUAGCUAAUAAAAGUGAUUUUAUAAAAUGGCUGCUUAAAUAAAGAAGUAUUUACUCUGGGAAAAGAAAAGACAGAAAAUAGAUGGCAUACAGAGCCAUGAAUGCUGUAGCAAACUUUGAACAUCUUUCAUAAUCACUGUGUAUAAUAAAUGUCAACAAACUAGACAAAACAAAUGU